GGUAAUUGAACAAGAACCCAUAGAGAUGUACAACACUUCGCAAUACUUGUCGCCCAAUACGCGUAAAUGGAGCAGCAGCAUCAGCAGAAAUCAGAGAGCGGAAGCUGGACUUGCAGAAGCAUCUCGUGCCACGUCUAGGAGCGGAGGACGACACAGCUGUCAGAAUGGGAAAGGUGGUCAAUGUGCACUAUGCGGUAAAAACUUUAAUCAAAUACGGCGCAUUGAUGAUGGAGGUGUAGACAAUAACGGCAUGCAGUUGAGUGAAAACGGUUGUGUUAGACUAAAUGUUCCUCAAGACACUGUUGGGGAGUUAAUAAACACGACUUCAACCACCUGUUUAUACGAAAACCACGUAAAACGCAAGCGAUCAUUGGCUCAACUUACAAGAGAGGCCCUUCCGCGUUUAGAAAACUACCGCAAUUCAAAAAGAGCGCUUAAAAGGCCUUCUUUGGGUGAACUCCUGCACGGAAGGGAAGAAAACGCUAAGGAAGCAAGUGCUGGCCCAGAAAAUGCGGAUGAAAAAAUUCAAUUGGAAGCCCCUAGUCAUCAUGAAGGAAUCAAAUUGGGUUGGAUACAGGGCGUCCUCAUUCCGUGCCUUCUCAACAUUUGGGGUGUUAUGCUGUUCCUUAGAUUAUCCUGGAUAGUUGCCCAAUCGGGAGUAGGACACUCACUCAUCAUUAUUGGUGUAUCUGCGAUCGUUUGCGUUAUCACGACUCUUUCGCUAUCCGCAAUCUGCACGAAUGGAGAAGUCAAAGGGGGUGGAAUUUACUACAUUAUUUCAAGAUCGCUCGGCCCAGAGUUUGGAGCGUCGGUUGGAAUUGUGUUUGCGUUCGCAAAUGCCGUCGCUGCAUCGAUGAAUACGAUAGGAUUUUGUAACUCUCUCAAUGACUUACUUUCUCAAUACGAUCUGAAAAUUAUCGACGGAGCAAUUAAUGACGUUAGAAUUGUUGGUGUUGUUGCCAUUUUGGUGAUGAUAUUCAUUUGUGCGGUUGGCAUGGAAUGGGAAUCGAAAGCGCAAAAUUUUCUGAUCGCAAUCAUUGUCGGGGCAAUUUUUGACUUUUUAGUUGGGGCGUCUAUAGGACCCCACACUGACGAGCAAAGGGCCAAAGGAUUCUCAGGAUUUAGCUUUGAAGUUUUAAAGGAUAAUUGGGGUCCAAUGUAUAGGAAGCAAGAGAACGUGAGUUAUAACUUUUUCCAAGUAUUUGCGGUCUUUUUCCCUUCGGUUACUGGGAUUCAAGCUGGUGCUAAUAUCUCUGGAGAUUUAAAAGAUCCGGCGUCAUCCAUUCCAAAAGGAACCCUCUUGGCGUUAUUAAUUUCUAUGAUUUCAUACGUCACGUUCGUUUUCUUUGCUGGAGCAGCAGCAAUGAGAGAUGCAAGUGGAAGUUUGGCUGAUUUGGCCAACAAUACAUUAACACAGUGUGUUUCCGAUUUAAGCUGCCACUAUGGACUUUUCAACAGUUAUUCGGUCAUGCAAUUAAUGUCAGGUUGGGGUCCAUUCAUUUACGCAGGCUGCUUCGCCGCCACUUUAAGUACAGCUCUUACAAAUUUACUAUCAGUUCCUCGACUUAUCCAGGCCUUAGGAAUUGACAGGAUUUAUCCCGGCUUAAUUUUCUUUUCUAAAGGAUACGGCAAAGCUGGAGAACCCUAUCGUGGAUAUGUAUUAACGUUUUUUGUAGCAGCAGCUUUUAUAUUAAUUGCCGAUUUGAAUGCUAUAGCGCCCUUAAUAUCGAACUUCUAUUUAGCGUCGUACGCCUUAAUAAAUUUCUGUACCUUUCACGCGGCUUUAAUAAAACCAUUGGGAUGGAGACCGACAUUUCGAUAUUACAACACAUGGCUAAGCUUGGCAGGGUUCCUUAUGUGCGUCGUGAUCAUGUUUCUCAUCAACUGGCUUUCGUCUCUUAUUACGUUCAUCGUAAUUCUCACCCUCUAUCUCAUCGUUGUAUACAGAAAACCAGAUGUAAACUGGGGAUCCUCCACUCAAGCUCAGACUUACAAAACUGCGCUAACGACGUCCCACCGUCUGAUUAAUAUCGGUGAACACGUCAAAAAUUAUCAGCCUCAAAUAUUGUUAUUGUGUGGAAAACCACAGGCCCGACCGCCCUUACUUGAUUUUGCCAAUUUGAUUACUAAAAAUAAUUCUUUAUUGAUCAUCGCAGAAAUCGCCGAGAACCGAUUAAGUUAUCGUGCACGGGCAAGUAGAACCAAAGCGGCAUAUCAAUGCCUAAGAGAGCAAAAGGUCAAGGCCUUUUACUGCCUGGUUGAUGGUAUGGACUUUGAAACAGGAGCAACAGCUUUGCUACAAACAACGGGCAUUGGAAAAUUGAUUCCCAACGUUCUGAUGAUGGGAUUUAAAAACGACUGGAAAGUGUGCAACACAGACCAGCUCAACGCCUACUUCAACGUUUUACAUAACGCCUUUGAAAAUCGACUAGCCGUAGCAAUCUUGCGCCUUCCAGACGGCCUCGAUUACAGCAGAAUAUUGGAAGAAGACGAGAACGCGACAACCCCCAAUGCUGAUCUAACCCUGUCUCAACACCCCUCAACUCAUGCUUUCCCAAAUAUAUCCAGAGCGAUGAUGCACGCUGAUUCUAACUUGGAUAUUUCACACAUCGACGUCUCAGAAAGUAUAGUCUCCUCUUCAUAUCCGAGCAUUAACUUAGUUGCCCCCGCUAAAAACGGAAGCACGCUUUUAAACAAGAACAUUAAAAACAAAAAGAAAGGUCUCGCGGAAAAGAUCUUGUUCACGUCUCCCACAGGGCAACAAUUACCUAAAGCAGUUUUUGAUACAAUGACUAUAUUCAAAAAGAAACAAAGUAAAGGCACCAUUGACGUUUGGUGGUUAUACGAUGACGGAGGGCUUACUAUGCUUUUACCGUAUAUCAUCUCCACACGACAAGGCUGGUCAAAUUGCAAAUUACGGGUGUUUGCAUUAGCGAAUAAUAAGCAAGAAUUAGAACUGGAAGAGCGAAAUAUGGCUAAUUUGCUAUCGAAGUUUCGCUUAGACUAUUCCAGUUUACAAAUGGUACAGCUUUCUGAUAAACCAAAACCAAAGACUGUAGAGUUCUUUGAUACGAUUAUAGAAGAUUACAGGGAUAACGGAAGUGAGUACCAAAUCACGGAUAUUGAAUUGGCGACGCUCCAAGAAAAAACUAACAGGCACUUGAGAUUAAGGGAACUGCUGUUAGAAAAUUCGUGUGAAGCCAAUUUAGUAGUGAUGUCACUUCCGAUGCCCCGGAAGGGAUCCGUUCCACCCCCUUUAUAUAUGGCCUGGUUGGAAGCUUUAACGAAAGAUCUUCCACCUUAUUUACUAAUCAGGGGCAACCAACAGUCGGUCCUGACGUUUUACUCAUAGUUUGUAUUUAUUUAUUGGUAGGUACUUAAUUCAUUUUAUGUGAUAAUGUAAACGAAUUUCUCUUACGUAAGUUAUUUUAUUUUAAAGACGUAUUAUAAUUAAAGUAUUUUAAAUUUUUA